AAGAGAUAUGGUAGAAAACGAAAGAAUCGUUCGACCUCCGCCGGUCGGCAGAAACAAUCGUGGCGCGAGACACGAAUCUAUUUGCCUUUCAAACACGGCGCUGAGUGGCGCUGUAAAAUCACGUGGGGGCCACCCACGUUUCGGAUUGUGGGUAAACAAGAAGAAGAAAAUAUUUGUGCGCGUGGAUCCAGUUGAAGGUACGUCUGCCGUGCUCGCCUUGUCGGCAAAGUUGUCGUUGUCGUCGUAACCGCUGCCGUUUCGCCGUUUACUCGCGGUGGUCAUAAAACGGAUACGGGGAAGAAGCAGGAGAACGAUUACUAGAUCUCAACCGUCCUCGACCGCGGAAACAGGAACGAACUUAGAGAAGGUGGCUCGAUACUGCUUUAACUUAAGGAGAAAGAUAACGCGCACGGUGUACGCGGUGAUACCCGUAUAUGUGUAUAGCGUAACGAGAGAGCGCGGUGCGCGCGUGUAUAUGUCGCACAACACACACACGAACGUGCAGCAGUGACGAGGAGAAGAGACACGCGCCGGGGUGGUGCGGAGAAAGGAGAGUUCGAGAAAAAGCCGGCCAUAUUCCGCGCGAGUAUACGCAUCGCGUGUUCAUACGCUCCUCGCGCGUACGUGUAACCCUCGUGUUGCCUCGCCUUGCUGUACGGAGCAUCUUUUUUCUCAACGUUCCAACGAAUUUCUUUCCCUCUCGAUUUCUUUUCCUCCUCACACACGUCUCUCUUUCUCUCUCUCUCUCUCUCUUUCUUUCUUUCUCUCUCUCUCCCCCUCUUUCCCCCCGAGUCUCUCUCUUCUCUCCGCCGCUCUCUUUUUCUCUUUCUCUUUUCUGCCUCCUUUCCUUCCUCCUUUAUCACCAUCUUUCUCCGUCUCGCUUUAAUUUUGAUACGCGUGUUGUCUCGAUUUUCAUUCUCGUCUUCGCAUAUCGUACUGUUUGCAUUGCCCGUAUCUUUACCGGUUUCUCUCGCUUACACUCUCCGCUCUUCGCGUAUCUACUUAUCUAGUAUAUCUAGCUGAACGUUCGUGUUAUUUAUCUCACUUAGCGGCUAUCUAUCCGCCUCUCUGUCUCACUUCAUCUCGCGCGCACUCUCUCUUUCUCACGUACAUUCUCUCUCUCUCUCUCUCUCUCUCUCUCUCUCUCUUUCUUUCUCUCUGUCUGUCUCUGUCCGAUUCGAUAUCCCUCUUUUCCCCCUCGCGCUGCUCUCAACCACACUACGGCUCAUUCGCUCUCGGUGCUAUGUCUACGUACUCUCGUACCCAGGAGAGCGACGCGUGGGCUCUUCUGGCAUUGAAGUCGGCGCCGGCCAGUCCGACGAAGAUGCAGUGGAAUCCAGAGUCCAAGGGUGCCCCGAUCGCACGUCUCGAGGGCCGCGAGUUCGAGUAUAUGGUUAGGCAACGGCGCAUCACGAUCGGCCGCAACAGCAGCAAGGGUGAGGUCGACGUCAACAUGGGCCACUCCAGUUUUAUCUCACGACGGCACCUCGAGAUCUACUACGAACAUCCAUCCUUCUACAUGGUGUGCAACGGCAAGAACGGCGUGUUCAUCGACGGGGUGUUCCAGCGUAAGGGCGCGUCGCCUUUUCAACUGCCAAAGACAUGCACGUUCCGAUUUCCAAGUACAACGAUCAGGCUGGUGUUUCAGUCGUUGCUGGACGAACAGGAGCAGAGCAAUAUACGUGUACCUUCCCCACCUAAACAGCGCAUACCGUUGCCGCCGUUGCGCAUAAACAUACCGGAUGCCGGGUACAGUAGUCCAUUCCCGUCGCCGACGGGCACGAUCAGCGCUGCAAACUCUUGUCCAGCGAGUCCACGCGCUGGACAAGGACGAAGGAACAUCUCGGCCGAUCUGCAGAUGGUGGCCGCCGCGGUGGCGUAUGAUCCUCAGAAUUCCACCUUGGAGAGGCACGACGGCGGACAAAGUUCCAGUAGACAGAUCAGCCCGGAGCCGGGCGCCGAACCGCGUUACCGUGGCGGAAACAGCUCGGGACCGAACGGCACUGCGCCGCACUACAGCCCGCCGAAAGACGAUUCUAAGCCGCCAUAUUCGUACGCGCAACUGAUCGUACAGGCGAUCGCAUCCGCGCCGGACAAGCAGCUCACGUUGUCCGGCAUCUACUCCUACAUCACCAAGAACUAUCCGUAUUAUAGGACCGCGGACAAGGGCUGGCAGAACUCGAUCCGACACAAUCUCUCCUUGAACCGUUACUUCAUCAAGGUGCCGAGAAGUCAAGAGGAACCGGGCAAAGGUUCCUUCUGGAGGAUAGAUCCCCAGUCGGAGGCUAAGCUGAUUGAGCAGGCCUUUCGACGUAGGCGGCAACGUGGCGUGCCCUGCUUUCGCGCUCCGUUCGGAUUAUCCUCGAGAAGCGCGCCUGCAUCGCCAUCUCACGUGGGCAUCAGCGGCUUAAUGACGCCCGAGUCGCUUAGUAGAGAGGCAUCACCUGGGCCGGAACCGUAUCCGGACAGUUCUGUUCCUUCCCCGGCGGGGCAACUUACGACGAGCCAAUCAGCACCCGGAUCACCAGGUCAUCCCUAUACAUCAACUUCCCAGUCGAGCCACAAGGGACGUCUGAUGCAACAAGUCACCGUUGUAACAAACGGUGUUAACAGUGACGCUGGAAGAGAAGAGAAAUACUUGGUGCCAGGAAACGCUGUAGAGGACCAUUCUUUGUCACCGGCUGGUCAAUACAGUCCGGCUCCUGUUAUUGUACAAACGACAUAUAAUUACAGUUCUUUCCUUAGUAAUAGUGGAACUUUUAUCGGCCCUGACGCUGGCGUCGGGGUGAACAAACGCGCGCAUGAGGAGUCUGACAGUUCGCCGGAUUCACCGGCUCCACUCGCAAUUGUUGAGAGUCCCGAGCCCCCCGAGCAGCAGCAGCAGCAGCAACCGAAACGUCAACGUAUUCAUGAAAUGGACGAUCACUGAACUAACAUACUUAGCAUCCUGUUGCGUAGGACAUUACGUUACAUUGCAUUAUUUUUGCCUAUCGUCGAACACACCGCAAACUUCAUCUUAUUUUAACUGCAUAACUGCUUUAGACUGCACAUAGUAAUUGAGAUUGGGCAUCGGUUAGCAUCUCGCUUUACGAAGUGAGGAACUUUGUGUGUGCGUGUGUAUAUGAGUUGCGCAGAAGAAAUCUAUUAUUGAUAGAAAGAUGGCGAAAAUAAGAAUGUUUUUUCUUAUAUAUUUUCAGAAGUUACAUUUUGAUUUAACAUUAUUUUCAUCGGAAGUCUAUAUAAAAUUAUGAGCACUUCAUUAAAUGCUUUCUCUUUACGAUUCGUUAACUCAGGCACAGUGAAGGUACGAUACAUACAUGUAUAUGUAUAUUUGUAUAUGCUAUGUAUGUGUGUAACAUCACAUUUAUGUAUGUAUAAUAUACAUAUAUAUGUAGCUUAUCUGCUCGAUGGUCGUUAAAAUAGCAAGGAAUUGUGCUGACACAUCGAAUUGCAAUAAUGUGAUGCGGUAACGUGUGCCAUUCAGCGUUUUAGCAGAGUUCAUAAGUGGGCAAAAGGCAGGUAAAAGAGAGGAGAGAAAAUGUAAUCCAAUGUAAUUCGAUCACAAGUAGCGAAGGAUUGAAUUAUUUACAAUUAA